CCCGGCCGGCUCGCGCGUCGCCUCUUGGGGCUCCCAUCGCUGCCCCGCGCCUCGCCGCCCGCGCCCUCCCGCGCGCUCCGGGGCUCUGGCCGCCGCCUAACUGAGCCCAGAAGCAGCCGGGCCGUGGCAGCGGGCCGGCCGGGGCUGAGGACGAGCGGGCCCACGGCUAUGAAGUGGCCCCCGAGGGCACGGAGCCGGAGAACGCCCCGAGAGAGAAGCGCGCACAUAGCAGGGAAGCAGCCUCGGGGCACUGUGGCCAGGGCAUAGGACUGCUACCCGCUAUGGACCGCGCCUGGGACGAUACGGACUCGCUGCAGCAGGUAUCAACCUCUGAAGGUUCCUGACCCUGCCACGGACUACUGCCCCUUCGCAGACUCCCAUCAGGCUGGAUUCUGCAAACUUGCUUCCGAAAUGGGUGGGUGUGAGCGCUGGUAAUGAGGAGCUGUGGGUGCAGCCAGCCUUGGAGAUGCCGAAGAGACGGGACAUCCUUGCGAUCGUCCUCAUCGUGCUUCCCUGGACACUGCUCAUCACCGUCUGGCACCAGAGCAGCCUCGCGCCUCUGCUUGCUGUGCACAAGGAUGAGGGCAGUGACCCCCGGCAUGAGGCACCACCGGGUGCGGACCCUAGGGAGUACUGCAUGUCUGACCGCGACAUCGUGGAGGUGGUGCGCACAGAGUACGUGUACACGAGGCCGCCACCGUGGUCCGACACGCUGCCCACCAUCCAUGUGGUGACACCCACCUACAGUAGACCCGUGCAGAAGGCAGAGCUGACGCGUAUGGCCAACACACUACUGCAUGUGCCCAACCUGCACUGGCUGGUGGUGGAGGAUGCUCCACGCAGGACACCGCUGACAUCGCGCCUACUGCGUGACACCGGCCUCAACUACACACACCUGCACGUGGAGACGCCACGCAACUACAAGCUGCGAGGCGAUGCCCGAGACCCUCGCAUCCCGAGAGGAACCAUGCAGCGUAACCUGGCCCUGCGCUGGCUGCGGGAGACCUUCCCCCGGAACUCUACUCAGCCAGGUGUAGUGUACUUCGCAGAUGAUGACAACACAUACAGUCUGGAGCUCUUUGAAGAGAUGCGCAGCACAAGGAGGGUGUCCGUGUGGCCUGUGGCCUUCGUUGGUGGCCUUCGGUAUGAGGCCCCAAGGGUGAAUGGAGCAGGGAAGGUGGUUGGCUGGAAGACAGUGUUCGACCCCCACCGGCCGUUCGCGAUAGACAUGGCCGGAUUUGCCGUCAACCUGCGGCUCAUCUUGCAGCGAAGCCAGGCCUACUUCAAACUACGUGGCGUGAAGGGAGGCUACCAGGAAAGUAGCCUCCUUCGAGAACUUGUCACACUCAAUGACCUGGAGCCCAAGGCAGCAAACUGCACCAAGAUCCUGGUCUGGCACACACGGACAGAGAAGCCGGUGCUGGUGAAUGAGGGGAAGAAGGGCUUCACUGACCCCUCAGUGGAGAUCUGAAACUAAGGAUGCAGGAACCUCCUUCUCAGACCUGAUCUUGGCCUUCCAUCCUCUCCCAUGGCUGAUAGUCACUCUGAGGCAGACUCCUGAGGAACGGCAUCAUCUCUUGUCUAUUCUGAGGGCUUCCAAGAGAGCCUGGCUUAAUGCCAGGAUAAGAGACAGAAUUUAAGCACAGAAUUCCAGACCUGUUGUUCUCUCCAUCAACACAGCCAGGGGCUUAAAAGACCGGAGGGCUCAGCACACCUCCUUGGAAGCUUCCUGCAUUGAUGGGGCUGUGUGAGCAGGUGACGCUGUUUUGGAGUGAUGCUGGGGCAAGGGAGAUCAGAAAACCCCAGUCGAGUGAAGCAUGGCUCUCCAUGGCUCCCUACUCUUGGGCCCAGCAUGACUACACAGCAUGUGCCCAGAGAGGCAUUCUAAAGACCAGAGAGCAGCCCGGGGCAUGAAGAUGCCCCAACACUCCUCUUUCACACCUGCUCUUCCUCAGAGCUGCUCCCAAAUCAGAAAUACCUCUGGCUCUCCUCUGGUUCAUGUUUACAGGGCAUAAGGCUGUCUUGGAUCCCACCUGGCACCCAGCCCUGCAUCGGGGGGAGCCUAGGCCUACCUACAGCUCCCCCUGUACCUCAGGCUGUGGGAGAACAAAGCCCCUUCCCAUGUCCCUCAAGCCUCCUGUGCCAGAAUCAGCAAGGUGGUGGGCCUAGAGCCAGCACAGGUCACUGACUGACCUGGAUUCAGAACCAAGUCACCCCCAAUGUCCACACUGCCUCUCCAAUACCCCUGGGCUGUAAUGACCCUUGCCGGGCUUGGACUGAGGAGGCAAUUGCCCUCUUCCUGGAACCCCUGAGAAUCACAGACCUCGGGGCUGGAGGUAACAGUAAUAAACAGGCAGAGCUCUUCCUGAUAAAGUGUGAGGCCCAGCAAACCCAGCUCUUUCCUGCACAGAUUUCUGGGAGAGGUGUAUAAGCAGGGGCCUUGAGGACAACACUGAAAGACCUGAGCACACACUGCUUUGGAAAUCACUCUAUCUUACACAAAACCAGAAAGCUUGCCAAGCCAGCCUGCCUCGUGCCCACUGCCCCUUCUCCACCCCAGACAGAACAGUAACCCCAUGCUGUUGCACCCACCCAAGAAAAGCAUCUGCCUGGGUCUCCAGCAUCGGACAGGCCCCGGGUUCUGGUCGCACGGGGCCCUCUGGUGGUAAUCUCACUCCAGCUCCUACAAGUUGGAAGCACAAUUUUCCUCCUAAGUGGGAAAAAGGAAAGGGCGCAAGCCCACUGAAGAGGCGUUUUAUUUUUUAACUGCUAACAGCUCCCCCACUCCAUUAAAACCCAUAGGACAAGCCCAAGAGUCAUUCAGAACCCACUCUUGGGCAGAUGAGACUCAGUCACACAUCUAACAUUCAAAGAAUAGCAUCUGCGGCCUAUUUUGAAAUGGACUUAACUUCCCACAACCUUCAGGAAACCACCUGAAUCAGACCCCACAGCCGCCUUGUAGGGCUUUUCCCCCCAACCAUUUAAACUUUGGCUAUUGCUUUGGAAAUUUACCCCUUGGCAUCAAAAUGAGUUUCAUAGGAGAGGGGCACGGGGCCUCUAUCUGAUGAGUGAUUUUAUGUCUGGACACUCUACUGCUCAUUCAUAGAAACUAUCAAUGAAUGCCAAGGUCAAAUCGGCUGCUGAGGCUGCCUUCUUAGCCAAAGCCCAGUUUCCUAAAAAGGAAAUUGAAAAUGGGGAAAAAAACAAAAACAAAAACAAAAAACAGGGAUUUUUUUUAAUGUUUAUUUUUGGCAGAUGCUAAUUCAGUUUGUUUUCUCCUAAUAUCCCCUCUUAGCUGCAUGUGUAUUUAUUUAUAAUUACAACCCUGGUGGACUGCGGCCUUCAUCUUUCUUGGAAAUGAGUUUGUUGCAAAUCAGAACUGGGUCGAUGAUGAUAACGUGUUCUCCAAACCCGGGCUGUUCCCUAUGCCCUUGCUGGAAAGCCCCACCACAGAAGAGUCAAGCCAGGGGUUUAGGAGCUCCAUGGGCAAAGGCUGGUGUGAGGGUGGAGCCCAAGCUGCUGCACCAUCUGGUCUGUUUUAAUUUAACUGUAUUUAAUUUGUUUUCAAAAUUAAAAGUCAAAUAUGGUUUUUAACAGUUGUAA